CUUCUUCUCUCAAACUGAAAGCCACCGCUAACAGCCUCAAAUUUUCAGACCCCGGCCACCGCCAUGAGAGGGGCUGAGACCGACGCUAUGGGGUUGCUUCUGAAGGAGCGAAUUGUUUUCCUUGGUAACCAAAUUUAUGAUUUUUUGGCCGAUGCUAUUAUAAGUCAGUUGCUGCUUUUGGACGCUCAGGACCCUACUAAAGAUAUCAGACUCUUCAUUAAUUCCCCUGGUGGUUCAUUGAGUGCUACAAUGGCUAUAUACGAUGUAGUGCAGCUUGUUCGGGCUGAUGUUUCCACGGUUUCAAUUGGCAUUGCAGCAUCAACGGCUUCUAUUAUCCUUGGUGGUGGCACCAAAGGCAAGCGCCUAGCAAUGCGAAACACUCGGAUAAUGAUUCAUCAACCCCUAGGAGGUGCUAGUGGACAAGCUAUAGAUGUAGAAAUCCAAGCCCGGGAAAUCAUGCAUAACAAGAACAAUGUUACAAGAAUAAUUUCCAGUUUUACUGGACAUUCGUUCGAACAAGUAGAGAAGGAUACCGAUAGGGAUCGAUAUAUGUCUCCAAUGGAAGCAGCUGAAUAUGGAAUAAUAGAUGUAGUCAUUGAUAGAGAUAUGAUCACUCCAUUGGAACCAGUGCCUGAAAGAGUGAAGCCAAGAUUAAACUACGAUGAAAAUAGUAAAGAUCCGAAGAAAUUCUUGACCCCUGAUAUUCCAGACGAUGAAAUAUCCUAGGUUGGGUUGGGUUGGGUUGGGUUAGAGUUUUUUU